AUGGAUUGGUUAGAUUAUUUUACACCAGUGAAUUUUACAUCAACAAAACUAAUAGAUGAUAAUGCACCUGAUGAAAGUUGUUAUCUUAUACGAGAUGAUUGCAAUGAUGAAAAAGUUAAUAAAGCCAAAUGGGCAUGGAAUAUAAGUCAACAAAUGACAAAAGAAUAUUAUACUGAAUUAGGUCGCACAUUUCAAGUUGAUUUAUCUAAUCAACGUUUCUUUGUCGUGCACGAACCUUGCAUAGAUAAGAUGGAAAAAAAGCCUAUGGCUUUGUUAAUUUUUUAUCACGGGCUUAAUUCAUGUGCUUGGUAUUGUGCACUUGUGCGAACUGGUUGGUUACAACUGUCAAUGAAAUAUAGCUUUUUAGUCGUUUUUGGUCAAGGACAAGGUACUUUCAAUGAACAUGGACCUCAACGUAAUAAAUAUGGUCAUCUUGGUUUUGGUGAUUUAUAUUGGGAAAUAGAACAGCCUAAAGACGAUAUUGAUUAUCUUGACUAUUUAUUAAACUACAUGAAGAAUAAAUAUAGUGACCAGUUGGAUAUAAAUCGUAUCUAUUUUAUGGGUUAUUCCAAUGGAGGUUUAUUUAGUUCAAAUGUUGCUGUACAUUAUGGUGGAGAAACAUUUGCGGCUCUUUGUAAUCAUUGUGGUGGCUUUGGUGGUCAAUAUAAUGAGGAUAAAAUGUUACAACCUCGAAACAUUAUUACUCCAUUACCGAUUUAUAUACUAACAGGUUCUAAAGAUGCGUAUAAAGAAAGUUGCCUGAAAGCAAAGAGUCUAUUUGAAACGGCACAUUGUCCGGUAACCAUUGAUAUAUUAGAAAAUAGAGGACAUUUCUAUUAUAGUGACAAAGAAGAAUUCAUUUGGACUGAAUUUUUUCUUAAAAAUGAACGUUCUGAAAGUACUCUCAACUAA